GGCGGCAUGGCGAGCACGGCCUCGGAGAUCAUCGCCUUUAUGGUCUCCGUCUCUGGCUGGGUGUUGGUGUCCUCCACGCUGCCCACCGACUACUGGAAGGUUUCCACCAUCGACGGCACCGUCAUCACCACCGCCACCUAUUGGGCCAACCUGUGGAAGACUUGCGUUACCGACUCUACGGGCGUCUCCAAUUGCAAGGACUUCCCUUCCAUGCUGGCGCUGGACGGUUAUAUCCAGGCUUGUAGAGGACUUAUGAUCGCUGCUGUCAGCCUGGGCUUUUUCGGUUCCAUAUUUGCACUGUUUGGAAUGAAGUGUACCAAAGUUGGAGGUUCAGAUAAAGCCAAAGCUAAAAUUGCAUGCUUGGCUGGAAUUGUUUUCAUACUCUCAGGGCUGUGCUCAAUGACCGGCUGUUCCCUGUAUGCAAACAAAAUCACAACGGAAUUCUUUGAUCCUCUCUAUGUUGAGCAAAAGUAUGAAUUAGGAGCUGCUCUGUUCAUUGGAUGGGCAGGAGCCUCGCUCUGCAUAAUUGGCGGUGUCAUCUUUUGCUUCUCAAUCUCUGACAACAACAAAACACCCAGAAUGGGAUAUGCUUACAAUGGGGCCACAUCAGUCAUGUCUUCUAGAACAAAAUACCACGAAGGAGAUUUUAAAACCACAAACCCUUCAAAACAGUUUGAUAAAAAUGCUUAUGUCUAA